CGCGCGGCGGGAGCCGUUCCCCGACGGGCAGCGGGGCGCUGGGCCGCCGCGUUUGGGUUGAGCGCGGCGACGCUGCUGCCCCGAAAUCCUCCCCGAUCUUGAGGCGGUAAAUGGUUUAUUCUACACGACACAUGGAUGUUGGCCUCUUUCUAUUAUGAAUAAUCCAGGAGGUGAUGAGGAACUGAAGUUUCCUAAACAGUAUGGAACCUCAAGGUCUUUGUGAUAAUGGAAACCAAAAAAUUGAUUGGUAAACCGCUUCAACCAGCAAGACCUGUUCGUCAUCUGACUUCUUCCCCUGGAGUAGUAUUCCCUUUCAACUUUCAGAACGAAUAUCCGUGCAACACUCAGUGCUUACAAAGUGGAGUUAGCAGAUGUAAGACGAAUGGAAUGCAAGCCUUUUCUCAAGGUCAUAAUGAACAACAGCAACAUCAGUCUCCAGUUAAAAAAGAGAGAAUUAAAUACAGCAGAGAUUUCCUGUUGAAGCUCUCAAGUGUUUCCAUCUGCAGAAAAAAACCAGACUUUCUGCCUGAUCAUCCCAUUGUGCUUAAAAAACCAGAAAACCACCAAAGUUUUAAGUAGCAUUUUAAGAACAGAUGAAUUUGAAGAUAAUUACUUGUUUUAUAUUUUGGACACCUGCAAAUGAAGUGGAUAUAGUAACAAUAACUGUAAUGGACUGUGACAAUUCAGUAUAAUUUUGAUGGUUGGGUAUUUGGUUUCUCCUAAAAUGAGAAAGGUAUUUUAAACUAUAAAGAAUUUUCUAAUCAGUUUCAACUUUGCAGGCAGUUUCCUGCAUAAAUUGGGAAGUAACACUGGAAAGUAGGAAUUUGGUUAGUAAAGUGGGAAGACUAUUUAUAAUUUGCAUGCUACUUGCAAUUUUUUUUUUGUUUUGUUUUUCAUCUCUUGUAAUAAUGGACUGGAAAUGUAAGCUGUAAAGAUUCUCAAAUAUAAAGUAUUUGCUAUGAUGUA